CUUCGCUUCGGAUCGCCGCUUGUUCGUCUAAUCAGUUCUUGACAUGACCACACAAUAGUUAAAAGCUCGAGGGAGGUCAUCGCGAUACAAGCUGUAAACUAUGAUUUUACGACGAUAGAAGCUGCACUCUAAAGCAUCUCUUCGCUUUUGCUAUGUGUUAUGUUGCCUUGGGGAGUUUGCCACUGUGGGUUUUCUCGAUUUGAAUUGAAAUGGCGACUUCUCGCAUCUCUUGGGACGUUUACGUCCCUAACUUGCUUGAAACAGGGACACUAUUGACCAGAUGGGAAGAGGAGUCCAACUCAAGUCAAGGGCUGUUUUUCUGUGUCGACAAAUAUGGCUUCUUUUUGGGCUGGAGAGAAGAGGAUAAGGAAGGGAAUUGUCUGGAUCUUUGCCAUGUGAGCGAAGUAAGACCGGGUGGUAUACCAAAGGAUGCCAAAUUGAGAGAAACGCUGCAAAGUGAAGGAGAGGGAUCGUUGGAAGACAGGUCAUUUACUGUUGUCUUUGGUCAAAAUCUUGUGGAUGUCACCUACUUGCAUUUAACAGCACCAUCAUGUAAAAUUGCAAAGGAAUGGAUUGAUGGACUCCCACCCUUAUUACACAACCUCAACAUUUGGAAUGCCAGUAUCUUGACACAGUUGUUUAAACUCUAUAUCAAGCUCACUGUUCAUUUGGCAACUCCUUCCAACAAGAUUUCUGUAAAGAAUAUCUGCAAGUGCCUGAAUGUUGGAAAGUACGAGCAAAGAGUAUUUGAAGGACUAGAAGCUAUGAAACUUCCCUGUGGGAAGACUGACGAACUUGACUGUUCAUCAUUUACCUUCGAGCAGUUUUAUCAGCUCUACUUGAAAGUUUGUGGCAGGCUUGAAAUUGAACAACUGUGCAUUAGGUGGGGUGGUGGCAAAGCCCCCUACCUUAAUGUCAACCAGCUGGUUAACUUCUUGAAUCAUGAGCAAAGAGAUCCUCGACUGAAUGAGAUACUCUACCCAUAUUACAACAGAGAGAAGGCCCUUUCUCUAAUAUGGAAGUAUGAGAAAUCUUUGGAUAACCUACAAAGAGAUCGCAUCACUGUCAAUGGACUGACAAGAUAUCUACUGAGUGACGACAAUCUUCUUAUGAUGCCUAACAGAGUGGAAAUUUAUCAGGACAUGACACAGCCUCUGUCACACUACUUUAUUAACUCGUCACACAAUACCUACCUUGUGGGGCGUCAGUUUGGCGGCAAGUCUUCUGUGGAGAUGUACAGGCAAUGCCUGCUGGCAGGCUGUCGGUGCAUUGAACUGGACUGCUGGGAUGGGCCUGGUGAUGAGCCCAUUAUAACACAUGGCAAAGCCAUGUGUACUAACAUCAUAUUGAAGAAGGUAGACCGCUUCCAUCACCGAGCCAUCUCAAAAGAAAAAUAAUCAUCAAGAACAAGAAACUCAAACCAGAACAAGAAAUGGAAGAUUUCAGUGAACUGCUUAGCGAUUAUGAACCCACUGACUCUUCAGGUUACCGUGCAGGAAGCAUUAAGGAAACUGCAAUUAUUGAUGAUGAAAUUGAAGAGGAGGAUGAGGUGCCGGAAAGUGAUAAUGAUGAUGAUGAUGAUGAUGAUGAUGAUGCUCGUGACCGAUCUGUAAGCUGCGAGGAGUUUGAUAAAAUUAUGGCAUACAGUGAUAAAAUUUGCAACGACCUUUUACGAGAAUCUACAUCAACUGCGGCGGAAGAAUCGUCUGAUGACAAGUCUGUGACCCUUGAUAACAUUUCUCAGUUUAGCUCGGAGUCAGAUUCAGUGUCAGAGUACUCAAACUUUCUUCUUUCCAGGAUUCUUAAUGAUGCAGGCUUAAAUGGUGUAUCUAAAGAUCUGGACAAUACCUUUGUCAUGUCAAGGAAUAGUAGGAACUUUCUCGAAAUGCAAGGAAUUGAGUCAGUAGCAGACAGUAGUUCAGAAAGUAGUUCAAGAUCGUCAAGAACUAACGAAGAAGGAAUACCUUCUUCAGCAAACCGCGUUUCAGGGAUCUCUCUGGCUUCAACUUUGAGUGCAACUUCAGAUGGUUCCACUGACAGUGAAAGUCUUUCUGUAACACCAACUGUGACUGUGACAGACAGCGGGGAGACACUUUACAAGUUUCCAUCUACCAAAGAAGAAAGUAACACACCUGAUGUUGUUCAUAAACCAUACCGUAGUAAUGGUGGGCUUGAGUCUAUUAGAGAAGUUUCUGAUUCUACCGAAAAUGACAAUCACAAAGGUGCUGAUGAUUCUGAUGAAAGUUCCUUAAAAUCAGAGGGGAAGAAGGUUGAUUCAGAGCCUGAAGAAAAUGAUCAAAAAAAUGGGAAAAUUUCAUCCGUAAUUCAGUGCAAUGGCAAGGUAGAUUCUAAAAGAACUCACCCUUCAGUACAAGGAACGAAUUCUGGAUCAUCAUCCUCAAGAGGCAGCAAAGACUAUUCUUAUGAUCCAAAAUUCUUUUGCGGAAGGAAAGAGAGUAAUGCAAGCACACAAAGUGUGGAUUCAAAUUUGGAGGAUGACGAAGAGCGAGAUGUCAUCAGUGAAUUUAAGAAACGAGAGGAGAAACUGGCCAGCUUUGGAAGUUCACUGAGACUUAAUAUGGUUGGGGGCAAGAAGACAUCAAGGGCAGCCAGUCUCACUCCCGAAGACUUGGAAUGCUUAGCACAAAUGACUACCACUUCAACCACUGGAAGCAUUCAUCCCUUCUUGUCAUCAUUGGUCAAUUACAUUCAUCCAGUACCAUUUACUGGAUUUGACGAAGCAGAAAAAAAGAACUUGUCUCAUCACAUCUCAUCAUUUAAUGAGUCUACUGGGUUUGGUUUACUGAAAGCAAGUCCAGUAGAAUUUGUCAGAUAUAACAAACGUCAGAUGUCAAGGAUCUACCCGAGGGGGAGUAGGGUGGAAUCAAGCAACUACAUGCCACAGGUGUUCUGGAAUGUUGGUUGCCAAAUGGUCUCUCUCAACUUUCAAACAUCAGACUUAGCCUUUCAACUGAAUGAUGGAAAAUUUGAAUACAACAAAAGAUGCGGGUAUCUUCUCAAGCCUGAUCUUAUGAGACGGUCUGACAGGCAGUUUGAUCCAUUCACUGAAUCAGUCAUUGAUGGAAUGGUGGCUGCUUCAGUUGUUGUUAAGGUGAUAUCAGGGCAGUUCUUGUCAGAUAAGAGGAUAAGCACGUGUGUUGAAGUGGAUAUGUAUGGCCUUCCUACUGAUACACUGCGGAAGAAGUACAAGACAAAAUUUGUACCAAACAAUGGCAUGGAUCCAGUUUAUGAAGAGGAUUCAUUUGAAUUCAGACGGGUUGUGUUUCCAGAACUUGCACUUUUGAGAUUCGGUGUUGUAGAUGACAAUGAUAAACUGAUUGCCCAGAGAGUUAUUCCAUUAGAUGGUUUACAGUCAGGAUUUCGCCACAUUUCCUUGAGAACAGAGAACAACAUGCCAUUACCAUUAGCAACAUUGUUUUGUCAAAUUUCCCUCAAGACAUACAUUCCUGAGAGAUAUACAGCCAUUGUUGAUGAACUAUCAGAGCCAAUAAAGUACCAGUCUGCCGUGGACAAGAGAGCUGCUCAAAUGGUUGUGUUUGGCAUCGAUGAGGAUGAAGACCCCCACAGUAAUUUUGCCUCAUUUUUAAAGUUUUCGCCUUCAUCUAAUUCCUUAUCAAGAAUAAAGAAUGCGGCUUCCUUGACUUCCAUCAGUACUGCUGGUGGAAUUUCACCUGCUCCAGCUCGACCUCGGGAAUCUGUUGUGACACUGAAUUAUGGUGGUGCAAGAUCCUCAUCAGAACUUACCCUUAUCGAGAGUAAUGUUCCAAAGAAACGUAAGUUAAUAAGUCUCAGACUGGAGAAUGUUUCCCAUGUUUCUUUAUGCCAUUGGCAAGCAACCAUGUAUCUUGAUGGAAACCCUGAGCGUACAGCCAUGCAAAGGAUUCACACAGGAGAACUUGAAAAGCUCAUAACAAACUAUGAAAAGAUUAAAGUGACUGCCAUAAAAACACAUGAGCGAGCACUCAAACGAUGUGGAGAAGAAAGGUCAGAGGAGCUGAGAAGAGUUCAUGAGAACAAGAUGCUUUAUCUGAACAAGACUCAAACUGACAUGGCAAAGCAAAAAUUAACUGCCCAGACAGAGGAGUGGAUAAACAUGAUUAACCGACAAGUUGAGGAAGAGAUUGCUCUCUAUGAACCACAAGCAGAUAUGCAACUUGAGACGUUGAAGAAAGUGAUGGAUUCUGUCCAUGAAACUCAAGUAAAAGAAGUUAUGGCAAGACACGAAAAGGAAAACAGUGAGAUAACAAAGAAACAGACAAAGCAGUCAAUGGAAUCUGCCAAAGCCCUGGCACAGGACAAAAAUAUCCAAUCUAAAGAGGAAAGGGACAGGAGACAGAGAGAGCUAGACAAGCAAAACCUCAAACAGUUUGUGGAUGAAAGGCAAAGGUUGUCCAAGAGACAAGAAAGAGAACUUGAAGAACUAAAAAACCAGCAUAAAGAGGAGAGGAAGAACUUGGAAGUUGAAUUUCAGAAAGUUGUGUCAGAAAACAUGGACGAAAUCAAGACAAAUGGUGAGAAGUCUAGGAAAGCUAUCCACACGGCAUUCCAGACUGUUUUACCAACACACUGAAGUGGAACCUUAACAGUAACUUUAACCUUUUGUAUAUAAGUUAAUACUGCAGGUCAGUAUUGAACAAACCUUAGUUUGUAAUGUAUAUAAUAUUAAAAAAAUUUACCUCAUGGCAGGCAAGCAGACAGUUUUCCCUGUUUCAAUCUUAGUUCAAAACAGAGUGAUAUUUAUAAGUAAGAAGAACAUGAUAUUUUAUUGGUUAUGGAGCUCUUAAACUGGAAUCAAUUUAUGUUAAAAAUGCUUAGAUGAAGGAGGUUAAUGCUGUAUUGGUAUUGCACAUAUAUACCCGUGGUAUUAUGGACAAGUCUACUUGAUAUUUUCUCCCAGGAAGUAAGCAUCAGAUGGUUGUUUUCAAUUUGAAUUGAAACAGUGGAGUGGAGAAUGUAAUAGUCAGAAUAUACUUUAUCUUUUGGGUUGUUUUUAGAAUUAAAGGUUGGGAACCCCAGGUAGGUGAGGUAACCUGCCCAGCUGUGGUCAGAAAAUAGCCCGUGUCUACAUAUACAGGUAAUCUUUCAACCCUGGAAUCUCAAGGUGGUUUCUAGAGGCUGUUGGUGCAUAGCUAGGCAGUUACCCCACCUGGAGACAUUUGCAUGGCAAAUUGGGACCCUAGCUGAUAGGGUUAGCUUUCCUGCCAGACAUGGGCAACUUGGGUGGGGUGGCCCACCUAGGCAGGUUUCCUCACCUUGGUAGGUUACCUCACCUACCUCAUCAUGAAAACAGGCCAUGUCACUUUGAUAUUAAAAUUCCUGAUACAGUGGGUAAAGUUUUCAUGCUCAAUAUCAGUUUGAUCUUCAGUGCACCAUGUCUGUCAUGUGCUUACUUAUUUCAAUUAUUUUAAAAGGGUUAAAAAGUUGUCAAGACAAGUUAUUUUAAUUUAUUCAUCAGUGUACUUUACAACAAUGUAGCAAGUGAGUGUCAUGUCCUCUUCAUGCAAAGUAAGCUUUGUCUCCAACUUAAUAUAUAGUCGAGGAGUUUGGGAAUUGUGGUGUAGUUUUUAGACUAUUUUAAUUCAUUAUUUUGUUUGGCAAAAGAAAUUGAGAAAGCUCUGCUUCUUCAGAUGUACGUGUACAUACUGUGUGAAAAGUGAACUUGGACAUGAGAUGUAUGGGAUAUCUGGCACUAAGAAAAUCUUGGUGUUGCUUAGUUGUAAAGGCUCUGUAACUUUAUACAAAACAUAUUGAAAAAGGAAAAAAUUACUAAUAUAAAAAUGAGAUAGCAAUGAUUUACAUUAAAAGUUCCAUAUAAGUGUGGAAAUUAAUAAAAUUAGGUAUUACAUA